CCCAUCUGUCCGUUACCCAAAAUACCAUCCAUUUAAUCAAAUCCUCUUUGUCACUUCUCUCUCCAUUCAAACAAAACAUUCACAAGAACAAGAUCUCUCUCUCUCUCCCUCUGCACCAACUGAUUACUUUAUUCCAUCUUUGUUGCAUUAAUUGGCUCCUCUAUUGCAGGUAUUUCACUUCCAAUUUAACACCAAUGCAUGUUUUCUCCUUAAUAUACCGCCUCUCCCCAGAAAUGUCAGGAUAAUUCAUAUGAUUUGACCAGCAAAUGGGCAAGAAGAAGGGAAAUUGGUUUUCUGCAGUAAAAAAAGCUCUAAGCCCUUCUGAUUCGAAGGAGAAGAAAGAAAAGAGAUCCGAUAAACGCACUCCAAAAAAAUCUUGGUUCGGGAAGCAAAGGAGGUUGGAUAAAGAUUUCUCCCAAACAGAAGCCGCCGGAUUACCAUACCCUGCCACUGUCACCACCGCUGCCACUCGUUCUCCUCCCACAGAGGACGCAAAACUCACCGAAGCCGAAAAUGAACAGACUAAACACGCUUAUUCCGUCGCCUAUGCUACCGCCGUGGCAGCAGAAGCAGCGGUGGCAGCCGCCCAUGCCGCCGCGCAGGUUGUUCGCCUGACAUCUACAACCCGUUUUGUGGGUAAAUCCACAGAAGAAAUUGCCGCCAUCAAGAUCCAGACAGCUUAUCGCGGCCACCUGGCAAGAAGGGCGUUGCGUGCUGUGAGAGGAUUAGGGAGGUUGAAGUCAUUGAUUCAAGGUCAAUCGGUUAAACGCCAAGCGAUCUCCACUUUAAAAUGUAUGCAGACAUUGGCUCACGUUCAGUCUCAGGUCCGAUCAAGACGCAUUCGUAUGUCGGAGGAGAAUCAAACUUUCAAACGACAAUUCCUUCUGAAGCACGAGAAAGAGUUUAACACCACUCGAUCCUCGUUUGGAAAUUCAUGGGAUGACAGCAGAAAAUCGAAAGAGGAAAUUGAAGCUAGGUUACAAAACAGACAGGAGGCUGCUGUAAGAAGAGAAAGAGCGAUGGCAUAUGCACAUUCUCAUCAGCAAACAUGGAAGAACGCCAAAAAUUCUACAAAUCCGAUGUUUCUAGACCCAAACAAUCCUCACUGGGGAUGGAGUUGGCUGGAGAGGUGGAUGGCCGCCAGGCCCUGGGAAAAUCAAAGCAUCUCCGACAAAGCACCGCCGGUUAGCCACCAUUCACCCGCCAGAGCUCCGUCAUCUAGCGGCAGGGUGAGGCCGGAAAGCCAAAAGGGAAGCGUGGAUGAAGACACCCGGAGCUAUUACAGCGUGCAGUCGGAACGAAACCGGCGGCACAGCGUGGCUAGCUCGGUGCGUGACGACGAGAGCUUUGGUUCAUCGCCGGCGGUUCCUGGUUACAUGGCUUCGACAAAAUCGACGAAGGCGAGGUCUCGAGGGGCUAGCCCUAGUCCAAGCCCAUUAGGUUCAGGAAGGAAAGGAACCUCUGAGAAGGGUUCUGUGGCCGGGUCGGCCAAGAAACGGCUUUCGUUCUCCGGUUCACCGGCUCGCAACACGAAGAAGUUCCCUGAGUCACCACUGAAGAACUCGAAUUCGUAAUAAGGAGUUGUUUGCGAUGUUGUUGUGUUUGUGUGAUCUGUUUAUUUUAUUUUAUUUUUUUGAUUUUAUGGUUUUGUUUGGAAGUUAGUUAUAGUAUGUACUUAAGUAAGAGAGGUUUUUUGGUGUUGCGUUACGUACAAGUGUUUAAUGCAUGAGUUUGGAAUAUAUGUAUGUGUGUUGGGUUUUGA